AGCUCAGAACUGAAACUGUUGCUGUGCAUUUAAACCUUGCUUCAGACAGAGGAUGGACGCACAACAACCGGACAGGCUGAUCACAUGACCUGCAUGGAGAAAAGAUAAUGGCGCGUGUCCCACAGCUGCUCUUGGAAACUUUAGAAGAGCUGGUUGCUGAACAGCUGAGGACCUUCCAGUUUUUUCUUUUCAGUGGUGUUCUUGAAGGAUUCCCACAUAUUCCAAAGUCUCGGGUUGACGGCGUGGACAGGCCGGGCACUGUGGAUGUUUUGGUGCAGACAUAUGGCUACGAUGAUGCUGUUACUGUCACAGUGGAUAUACUGGUGAGGAUGAAACUAAAACUGUGUGCUGAAACAUUAAAGAAGAAGUACGAUGAAGUUCCAAGCAAUCAACCUGGCAAAGAAAUCGACCACCAUGCAAUCCGAGACAAACUUAAAUCCACUCUGAGGGAAAAGUACCAAAAUAUUUAUGAGGGGAAUGCAGAUGAAGGGGACACUGUCUACCUCAACAAAAUCUACACUGAACUGCGCGUGAUCGAAGGAGCUUGGGGAGGCUUCACUGAGGAGCAUGAGGUCAGACAGCAGAGGUCCAGCCAUGUGACAACAGAAGAAACAUCAAUUAAGGUUGGCAACAUUUUCAAACCCAAGCCCAACCAAGAGAAGCACAUCAGAACUGUGCUUACCCAGGGUAUCCCUGGAGUGGGUAAAACUGUCUGUGCACAGAAGUUUACCCUGAGCUGGGCAGAAGGAGAUGAAAAUCGGGACAUCACCUUCCUCUUCCCACUUCCUUUUCGUGAACUGAAUCCCAACAUAGGCGAAAAAGAACACAGUCUGAUGCAGCUGCUUCACCAGUUCUUCCCUGAGAUGAAACCUCUUGAGACUCUGGGAACAGAAUGCAAAGUCUUGUUCAUCUUUGACGGCCUUGACGAGACUCUCCUGCCUUUGAACUUCAAACACAACAAGGUCUUGAGAGAUGAGACAGAGCCAGCUUCACUGGACGUCCUGAUCACAAACCUUAUCGCGGGCGAUCUGCUUGGGAAUGCCCUCAUCUGGAUCACAUCCAGACCUGCAGCGGUCGGCCGUAUCCCUCGAAAACACAUCCAUCUGUGGACGGAAGUCAAGGGCUUCGCCAAUGAACAGAGGGAGGAAUACUUUAAGAGGCGUUUGUGUGACGAUAACCUCGCCUUUAGAAUCAUCAACCAUGUGAAGUCAUCAAGAAGCCUCUACAUCAUGUGUCAAAUACCGGUCUUCUGCUGGAUCACAGUGACUGUGAUGAAGAAAAUGUUGCGCGACAACUUGACAAGAGGCAUGCCCAAUACCCUGACAGAGAUGUAUGCAUAUCUCCUUCUCUGCCAGACAGACAGGAUGAUAGAAGGGCACUACCCAAUAGAAAGUGUCAAUGUAGUCUUGAAGCUAGCAGAGCUGGCGUACCGUCAACUGGAGAAGGGCAAACUGAUCUUCUACGAGGCAGAUCUGAAAGAAUGUGGCAUGGACGUCAAAGAGGCAACCAUCUACUCAGGAGUUUGCACCGAGGUAUUUAUGAUGGAGGGCACGAGGAGGCGAGAAGUCUUUAGCUUCGUCCAUUUGACCAUUCAGGAGUUUCUGGCAGCUGUGUAUGCCCAUCAUUCCUACAUGCACGGAAAGGAUAAUGUCGUUCUUGGAUACCUGAAAAGGAUGUCUACAAGAUGGCUCCCCAAGUCUGUGUUCAAUUUUCACAAAACCGCCAUUGAAAAAGCCUUGGAGAGUAAGGACGGACGCUGGGACCUCUUCCUUCGCUUUCUCAUGGGACUGUCGCUGAAGUCAAACCAGGAGCUCCUGGGUAGAAUACUUCAUUUGGAAGCAGAAGGAGAGGAAGAUGUGGCAAGAACUGUCCAGUUCAUCAAGGACAAGAUCAAAGAGGAACCAGAGGCCAAGCUCAACCUCUUCCACUGUCUGAGCGAGCUCAAAGAGGAGUCUUUGGUGCAGGAGAUCCAGAAUUUUGUGAGUUCUGGGAGGCUCGCAGCCAAAAAAUUGACUCCAGUUCAGUGGUCUGCGCUCACAUUUGAACUGAUGACGUCAGAAGCAACAGAGGAAGAGUUCGACUUGAAGAAGUACAUAAGAUCUGAAGAAGGAGUGGCAAAGCUGCUGACAGUCAUUACUUGCUCCACACGUGCUCUGCUAAAUCACUGCAACCUCACUGAGAACUGCUGUGAAGAUUUGGCCUCUGCACUGAGCUCAACCUCCUCUCACCUGACAGAACUGGACCUGAGUGACAACAGCCUGGGGGAUUUAGGGGUGAAGCUGCUUUCUGUUGGAUUAGGAAGUCCACACUGUAAAUUGAAGAAGCUAAGAUUACAUAAGUGUGAACUGGAAGGAGACUGCUGUAAGGCACUGGCUGGUGUUCUUGGCACAGAGUCAACCCAACUUACAGAACUGGACCUGAGUGCUAAUGACUUCCAGAAAACAGCAGUAAAGGCUCUGUGUGUGGGACUCUGCAGCCAUCACUGUAAACUGGAAACACUAAUGUUGAAUGAUUGCAAGCUGAAAGACAGUUGCUGUGAAGACUUGACUUCAGUUUUAAGCUCAGGCUCAUCUCACCUGAAAAAUCUUGACCUGAGCAACAACAGUCUGAAAGAUUCUGGUGUAUGUCUGCUUACUGCUGGACUGGGGAGACUGGAAACACUCAGGCUUGGCUGGUGUGGCCUAACACAGAAAUGCUGCAAUCACAUUGGCUCAGCUCUCAGCUCUGACUCCGCCCACCUAAAAGAGCUGGACCUGAGCGGGAACAACCUGCAUGGUCCAGACAUUCAGCUGCUGUGCGCUGGACUGAGAAGUCCACACUGUAAACUGGAGAAAUUAAGGUUAAAUGAAGGCAAUCUACAGAAAUGCUGUGCUGAUUUUGCCUCAGUUCUCAGCUCGGAUUCCUCUUACCUGCAAGCCCUCGAUCUGAGCGGGAACGACCUGCAAGACUCAGAGGUGAAGCUACUCUCUGCAGGACUGGCAAGUUCACACUGUAAACUGGAGACAUUAAGGCUGUCGUUCUGCGGAGUCACUGGGAAAGGCUGCACUUAUUUGGCUUCAGCGCUGAGCUCCAACCCAUCCUGCCUCAGCCAGCUGGACCUCAGCUACAACUUCCUGCAGGACUCUGCAGUGAGGCUGAUCUCCGUCCAUCGGGACAACCCGCUGUGUAAACUGGAAAAACUCAGUGUGGAGCACAACGCAGAGUGCUACUUGAAAUCAACACUGAAAAACUAUGCAUGUACACUGACGUUUGAUGCAAAAACAGCUGCCAAGUCUCUCUUCCUGUAUGAUGGGGGAAAGCAGGUGACAUGGGUCAGGGAGAGACAGCAGUACCCGGAUCACCCCGAGAGGUUUGAGAGUGUCGACCAGUUGCUCUGUCUCCAAGACCUCACCCGGCGCCACUACUGGGAGGUGGAGUGGCGGGGACGCUGGGUGGAUGUCGCCGUGGCGAUGAGGGGAAUCCGUCGAAGGGCAAGCUCUCACCUCUGUGGGUUUGGCAGAACAGACCAGUCCUGGAGUCUGUACUGCUCUGAGGAUCGCUACAUCGCUCAGCACAACACCCAGUCUGUGGAGAUACCAGCACCUCUGUCUCGCUCCCACAGGGUUGGAGUCUAUUUGGACUGGGCUGGUGGCACCCUGUCCUUCUACAGCGUCUCCUCUAGGACCCUUAGUCACCUUCACACGUUCUACAGCACUUUCAGUGAGCCCCUCUACGCCGGGUUUGGGAUGGCGGAGGAAGACUGCUCUGUGAUAAUUUGUACAGAGCAGGGCAUGCCACAACUAAUUUCUCGCUCAGCUAGUGCAGAAAGAGCUGUUGAGUUUUAAGUGCAGACGAUGACAGAAAAGAUUUCAGUUUAAUGGAGGACAUAGUGGACACAGACAUAAUGCUGGAAAAAGGAGAAUUAUGAGUUUACAGUCAGGCUCUAUGAACUUGCU